GUCAUUCUUGGUGGACGGUGCUUGCUAGUGCUUGCUCUCGAGAAGGGGCGGGGAGGGCGGGAACUGGCGGGCUUGGGCGGGCCGUGCCCUUCCGCACAUCUAUGACGAGGCUAUUUACUUGUCGCCAGUGUACAAUAUAAUCUAGAACUCUGCAGAAGACCGCCCAAAAAUUGAUUCGAAGGUGUCGACUCGCCUGAGACAUUUACCUGCAAACUUACGAGUUACGGUGACAUUUAACUGUUCCCGGCUAUCACGCCCCGUUCGAUGUAAUUUGAAUAACAAGCAUUGCCUUCAAGUAAAGCUCAGAACUGCGAGAAAGACCUGGACACGUGUGUGGCGGUGGUUGACUGCGAGCACGGACACGCCAGCCCCGCCUAAACCUAGCUCAGUGCAGCACGUCGGUAGUGUAUUAGGGGCGCUUAGUAGCAAAUGGCCUUGUCGAUGGAGCCGGAGCGGGACGGGGAGGUCUCGCUGCCUCGGCCACCGCAGUCCCCGCCUGUGCGCCCACCGAACGGCGCGCCGCGGGAGCCCUGGCAGAUGGCCCACGUCGACUCGUUCGGCCACCAAGUCAUCCCCGACGAUGUCCUGCUUCCGCUGCUGGAGCGGCUACCUGGCAAUGUCCAGGCCACCACGUGCCGACUGCUCUGCAGGGCCCUGCGCGCACACUUCCGCAGCAAGCUGACCGUGCACCUCGACACCGCUGGCCUGCGGGCAGCACGACAGCAGGCACAACGGCACUGCUUGCGAGUUAAGCAUGCUUCCGAGACAAACACAACCGCCAGCAGCAGUAGCAACGGGAGGACUACGGGGUCAGGCGCGAGGGUAGUAGACGUGGAGCAGGAAGGCGCCCGUGGGGGUGGCAGCGACGCCUACACUGGCGACGAGGGCAGCAGCGGCGACAGCAGCGGCAGCAACCGCAAUAGCAGCCUGGACUUGUGGGGCGGCGUGCCGCCGCACGCGGUUGAGUGGUUCCUGACUCACACGCCGCCGUCCGCGCGCGCACACAUGACUCUGGAACAGCGGUGCGCUUUGAGGGACGCAGUCCUGGCCCGCCACCGCGCCAGUGCUGCGGCCGCUGCCGCCGCCACGGUGGCGCCAGGCAGGCACCACCCUCUCGCCAAAGACCUUGAAGACGCCAAAGGCGGCACGGCCGCCUGCACGAAUCGUGGACACAGCACCGCAAGCCCAGAUGCGCCGCCCGCGCUUGUCGCUCUCACAUUGCAGGGGGCCCUCUUCUGGCGCCUCCGCCCGGGCAGCCGCCGGCCGCCCGGUGACGCCGAUGACGGCAAGGCCGCCGAAGGCAGCGCCGAUGAGGACGAAGACGCCGACGCCGCACUCUCGCCGGUGUCACAUUACUGGGGCUACACCACCGCGCGCAUGUUGGCUGCGGUGCCGCCGCCGCCGCCGCCGCACGGCGGGCACCAACACGGCGGCGCGGGGGCGGGUGAUGGCGGCGGCGCGGUCGGCUCUACGUACCGCCUGAGCGCCCUGCGGGAGCUGAUGCUAGCGGCCGUGCUGCACGGCGACACGGACAUGCUGACGCUGCUGGCCCAGGUGCCGGGCGUGGACGGGGUGCGGCACCAGCUCGCGGCGGACUGCGCCUGGUGGGCGGUGCGCGGCUACGCACCCAUGGAGCUGCUGGCAUGGGCAGUGCGGGAGCCGGAGGGCCCGCUGGCCACCUGGCGAUCCUCGGACGCGCCGUUCCUGGCGGCGGCCCUCAGCCUGCGGCAGCGCGCCGCGGCGGGCGAUGAGGAUGGAGGCGAGGUGGAGGGCCCCGGCGCUGCGGAGGAGCUGCGGCGGGCUCUGGGGCGGCUGCAUGCGGCGGGUUUUGGAUCCUUCCAUGCCGCCGGCCGCACCUUUCUGGCGGCAGUGGACUUGGCGGCGCGUGGCAAGGUGGCGGUCGAGCUGGUGUGCUGGCUGCUCGACUGCGGCUGCCCGACGGGGCCGCCCGGAUGGAGCUACGUGGCUGCGGUCCGGCCGCUCAUCGACGGCGCUGCCUCCGCCGCCGCCUCCGAGCGAUGCCUGGGUCUCGCGGCGCGGCUUGCACGGCGGCGCGUGGCGCUGGGGCCGGCUGCCCUGUCCGGCAUCGCUGGCCUGCCGUACACUGGCUUUUGCUCGUACGUAUCGCUUCUGGUAGGUGAGUACGGCUGUCCGGUGGACCGUACGGCGCUGUACGGCGAGGCCCUUGAUGCGGAUGCCACCGCCGCUGCUGACGGCCGUGCCGAGUGGUUACGCGGCCAAGGCCUGGCGCCGCCGCUGCUGCUGCGCUGGCGACCGCUGGGCGUGCGGGCGCUGUGGCCUACCUGUGUGCUGGGGGAGCGGGGCGCAGAGCGGGGUCCGCCGCUGUGGUUGGCCCUGGAGUGUGUGCCGGCCAAGUGCGGCUCUGGCAGUACGUCGGCGCAGUUUGGGGUGGUGAGCAAGGUGGUGACGGAUCGGCUGGUGCGCACGGGUGCGCGCCAGCCGCGGCGGGGCAACGAGCGCAAUGACUAGAACCCUGUAAACUGCGGGACGAAGGACUGUUAUGUGGCGGUAACUGGUGCGCGGCGGGAUGAGUUAUGGCGAGGCUGGGCGUGCGGGGCGUGGCGGUCCACCUGAAGGCAAGGGUUGCGGCAGGUGGCAGUAGCGCCACUGAUGGGCAGUUUAAACAUGGCCAGCUAGUUGCGUAAGGUACCGAGUGGGGGAGCGAGGUUAGGGCGUAUCGAGGGAGGCUAAGGGACGCAAGAGAGAUGGAUGGCCCGGUAAGCGGAAGCACGCGUGGGAAGCACGGAGACUUGCGAUUUGCGAGGGGUAUGCGGACGUGCGGGUGGAGAAUGUACAGACCCGAGGCCAU